UGCGCUUGGACCCAAGUUGCUGUCGAGUGUUCUCCUGCUGCUUUGAAAGCAAAUAAGGCGUCAUCAUGGUAUCUCUGGGACGACAGAUGCUGGGAUUCAUCUUGGCCAUCAUUGGCUUCCUGGGCACCAUCAUCGUGUGCGCGCUGCCCAUGUGGAAGGUGACGGCCUUCAUCGGCGCCAACAUUGUGACGGCGCAGGUUAUAUGGGAGGGUCUGUGGAUGAACUGUGUGACGCAGAGCACAGGUCAGAUGCAGUGCAAGAUCUACGACUCUCUGCUGGCUCUGCCUCAGGACCUGCAGGCCGCCAGGGCCCUGGUGGUCAUCGCCAUCAUCAUCGCCGCUUUCGGGAUCAUCUUGGGCAUCGCCGGAGGCAAGUGCACUAACUUUGUGGAGGACAGAGCCGCCAAAGCCAAGGUGGCCGUCGCCGCCGGGGUGGUCUUCAUCUGCGCCGGUGUUCUGGUCCUCAUCCCUGUGUGCUGGUCGGCCAACACCAUCAUCAGGGAUUUCUACAACCCCAUCCUGACCAACGCCCAAAGGAGGGAGCUGGAGGACGACACCAUGAGCUCCAUGGGCAUGCAGAUGGCCGGCUGCGCCCUGGCCCUCUUCGGCUGGAUCGGGGUGCUGAUCACGUGCGCCUCGCCCAUGUGGAGGGUGACGGCGUUCAUUGGCAGUAGCAUCGUCACGUCUCAGACCAUGUGGGAGGGUCUGUGGAUGAGCUGCGUGGUCCAGAGCACGGGCCAGAUGCAGUGUAAGGUCUAUGACUCCAUGUUGGCCCUCACCGCUGACCUUCAGGCCGCCCGGGCGCUUGUGGUCGUCUCCAUCAUCGUCGGGAUCGCCGGAGUCCUGGUUGCCUUCGCCAGUGGGAAGUGCACCAGCUUCAUUCCGGAUAAGCGUGCCAAGGCCAGGGCGUCCGUGGCCGGCGGCGUCCUGCUCAUCAUCUGCGGAUUCUUGUGUAUUAUUGCCGUGUCCUGGACCGCCAGCAUCAUCAUCAGGAACUUCUAUAACCCUUCUAUAGUGGAUGCCCAGAAGAGGGAGCUGGGGGCUUCUCUUUACAUUGGCUGGGGGGCGGGGGGGCUGCUGUUGCUGGGCGGGAGCCUCCUGUGUGCCAGCUGCCCCCCCAAGAGGGACGAGGCCGCCUCCAUAAAUUACCCUCUAACCAGAUCCGUAGGAGGAUACAGUAAACCGGACUCGGGCUCGUACACGCCGACAAAGACUUACAUUUGAGCCUUCUAGGAGACGAUGCUUCAUGUCUGACAUGACGUUGCUCAUUUAUCACUUCCAUAUACUUUGAUUGCGGCCAGUUCGAAGCACCGUUAUUCCUCCUUUAUGUGUUGUUAUGAUUUAUUUUCAUCACUGAGGUAUGGGUACAAUAAAGAUGAUCUCUUUCA